AUGUUGAAGUUGAAACAGCAGCAGCAACUGCAGCAGCAGCUGCUGCUGCUGCAGCAGCAGGUGCAGCAGCAGCAUCAACCGCUCCGCAAUCAGCAGGUGCACACCAACGCAGCAGCAACCAUUAGCAGCAGAAGCAGAAGCAGCAGCGGCAUCACCAUCAAAAUCACCAGCAGCAGCAGCAGGUUCAUCGUCAUCACAAGCAGCAGCAGCAGCAGCACUAUCAACAUCAACAGCAGCAGUAGCAGCAGCAGCACCAUCGUCAUCAUCACCAGCAACAGCAACACCAUCAUCAUCACCAGCAGCAACAGUGACAUCAUCAUCCCAAGCAGCAGCAGCAGCAGCACUACCAUCGCCAUCACCAGCAGCAGCAGCAGCAGCAGCAGCAGCAGCACCAGAAGUAGUGGAGCUCGAGG